CGCUCUCUUCUUCUAGCCCUCACACCCCACACUCAGCUCCAUCGCAGCGCUCAGCACCCGCUGCCGCAGCCGCCACGCAUCGUCCGCCGUAUCGUCCGCCUGGCACACAAGCCACGUUCCCGCUGCCGCUCCACGUCUCUGAAGCUCGCGAGUCAGAGUGGAGGUAGCGCCGGCGCAGCGGCGUGUCGCGAGGCGAGGUGCUCGGCGUCGCUUGGCCUGUCAACGCCUUGCAUUGCCUUGAGUACAGAGCUGAGGUGACGGAUCGUUUGCACCGCGGAGUCGUCUGCCGCACAGCUGCGUCGGCGCCAUGGGCAACGGCACCGCCAGCGUUGGCGCAGCAGCUGCCGCGGCGCACACCUCGAGUUGGCUGCGCACGCUCGCGCUCGAUGUUGCCGUGCCAGCGCUGCUGCUGCUCCUCUCCGUGCCCUCUCUCCUCUCGCUGCUGCCUCGCCGCAAGGGAGCUCGCCACACACGAGUCACUGCGGCGACACCAGCGAGCGCCUAUCUCUCCUCGGCACGCGUUGCACAUGCACGCUUCAUCCCCGCGCCGCAUGCAUUCGCCUAUCCGGCGCUCUACGGCCUCUUCGACCUGGCAGCGCUCGAGCGUGGCCUGUGCGAUGCCGCCUCUGCCUUUGUCUGGCGGGGCGUGCGCCCGCGCGGUGCGGCUGCCGCGACUCGCUGGCCCUUUCUGACGGGCAUUCAGCCUCGAUCGCAUCUGCAUCUCGCAUUGCCGCAGCUGCCUUCUUCCUCGCGCACUCUCGUCGAAGGCUCCAUUCGCGCCAAGCUGGCGUACGAGCUGCGAGAGCGAGGUUAUCUCCUGGCUGGACCUCAAGACGGUGUUUCCUACGCCGAGUGGUCCGCUGGCCUGGGCGAGACGUGGAUGGUGUGCAUGCCCGCAUUGCUCGGCAUGCAAGGCAUCAAUCCUCUCACCAUCUACUACGUCCAUCGACCCUCGCCUACUCCCGGCGAGCGCGGCGCAUUCUGGCUGGCCGUGCUCGAGGUGCAUAACACGUUUGCAGAGCGACACGUCUACGUUCUCGAGGCGGGCGUGGAGGAAGAUGCACUCAAGAGCGGCGCUUCGCGACAUCGAGGACACUUCGAACACGCGUGGACGUUCGAACGUGCCUUUCACGUCAGCCCGUUCAACGACCGUGGCGGCUGGUAUCGCCUGCUCCUGCGCCCUUUGUGGGCAGAUGACGCAGCGACGCCGCAUAUCGACGUGCGUCUCUUGCUACUCGUCGCGCCGGCAGAUGAUGCUUCGCCCGACGCGCCGCUGCGCAAGAAGCUCUUUGCGUCGCUCACCUCGACGGUCGUGUCACCCCUGACGACGCGCAGUCUUCUCUCGUCGCUGGCACGGCAGCCGUUUGAUCUGCUACUGCCACUGGCCCGCAUCCUCAAAGAGGCAGCCACGCUGCACUUCAAGAAGCGACUCUCCGUCUUUCCGCGUCCGGAUCCACGCGCUCCGGGCGGCAGCGAGAGCGUGCCGAACGACGUACAGGCUGCACGGGCUGGCAGAGCGCCUGAACGUGGAGCCGUGGGCUGGCAGCUCCUCAGCGACUUUGACGAGGCGGCUCGAGCGCGCUUGGAGGCGUUUGCGAAGCUGCGAGCAGCGGAAGACGACGGUGUGGGCUUUAAAUUGAGCUCGCCCGAUCCGUUGGCGCGCAGCAUCGACGUGGCGCCUCGACGAGCAGAGGCAGGCUCGACGGCCAUCCACAGCCUCUCGCCCGUGUUCUUUGCCGACGUGCUGCUGUUGCCGCCUGCGCUCGCCGAGCAGCUCGGCGCUGACACUGCUCGCCGAUGGAGUCGCUCAGGCCCGAGCCUUGCGAGCUACUUCUCUUCCUCUUCGACGGCUCAAGCCGGAGGCUGGCGCACACGAGCCGCGCGGUCCAUUCGUCGCCGCCACGUGCUCUGGCUCCUCUCGUUCGCGUCGCCAGACGUGCGGGCCUCCACAUUGGCGCAGCUCGAAGCCCCUCAUCCGCUCGACGUCGUGGGCGGGCAGGAGCUCUCGCUGAUGCUGCUGCGCGGCAUGCUCUCUGCCCAUCUGGCAGCGCGCAUCGAAGAGACUGCCGUACGCUCGCUCGGCGUGCACUACGUGUCGGGUACGGAGGGAUGGUUGGAGUUGAAACGCGCGAGUGAGCGCAUGGGAGGGGAAUGGGAUGAGAAGCUCGGCAGCGUGCUGCUUCCUCUGCCCAAGCAUGCGCGGUAGGGCUCAGCAUCGCAAGGCCACGCGCAUCUCGCACUGCAUCGCAUCACAUCGCAGCGUGUACUCGUGACGAAAAUGCAUUGGCUAGCACAACCCCUCUCCCUCCAGUCUACGCCUGCGGGACUCGCGGCGCUGCAGGCCUACUGCUGCACGCCGGGACCGACGUGGAAGGUAGCGUCGGUCUUUUGCUUGACCUCGUCGAGCGUCACGCCCUCCAUCUGCAGCAAGAGCGGAGGAGUCAGCACAGCGCAGAUCG